AUGCUUCUGCUUGAUGGAGAAUCAUGCGCCAUCAUCAACCUUAGCCUUAUGGUACUAUAGGGCAAUGCAGGAGCGAUGCCAGUCAGUCCGAGCAGCGCUUCAGUCUCAUUUUCUACAGACUCUGAAAAGGGUCUGUCUGUCUGUUGCUCCCUUCUUCGUGGUGGUGGUGUGCUCCAGAUACAACUGACUAAAAAUAUUUUUCUUCUUGUGAAAUUAAUGUUUUUUUUUUUUUUAACUAUACCGUCUGGAAUUAAGACAACGCUUCCCAGAAGCAAAUACUUUAUAAGUUCCAGUAACUUCCUUUUUAUAAUUACAUUUUUUUUUUUUACCACGAACUGGUCUGCAUUCUCACUGGACAAAAAUGACAUAUUUUUUUCCCGAACAUCUGUAUGAAAUAAAAAAAAGCCAGAGCGAAAUGCACUCGUUUGGCAGCGCUGAAUUAUUUUGAGUGAGGAUUUGGAUUUAUGAAAUCUUUCUGAGCAACAUAUAUCAGGGCAUUGAAGUACCGAAGCAGUCGCAGCAGGAUAAAUACAGAACUCAACUUGAUGCAGGACUAGACAAUGUGUUCUCCCAGCCACCCAAACUGGGUUACUUUUGAUGAUGACACUGCUGCCUUCCAGUCACCGCAAAAGCCUUUACAUUCUCCCAGUACCAGCAUUGGGAUCCCCAGGCCCAACGGCUUAAAACUGAAUCUGCCUCCUCGAUAUGAACCUUCCAAAAGAUCCCCGUCUACAAGCAGCAGCCCUCUUGCAUCUCCUCUGAGGGACUUCAACGGGCGCCCCUGUGUGCCCAGCAAUACCCCGCUGUGCACUCCAGUGAGAGAGGCUCCAGGGAACCCUUGCACUCCCUUCUCCAGCGUUUACAGCCAGCAUGGCUUUUUUAGGUCCCUCUCAUCCCCCAGCAGUAACCCGCUUCUUUCACCUGCUGUAGAGCUGGCUGCCAAUCCGUGCCACCGGCCAGAUCUCCACACAGCAGAUCCAGGGACCCUGUCUGCAGCUCAGAGUUUGUUUAUCGCAGAGGAGCGGUUCCACCCAUUCCUGGAUGACAGCGGCCACUCCAACCCAUUCUGGCCAAACAGGAAUCAGUCAGGCAGCUCCUCGUCGGACUCUGAACCCAACUCCGCAGAAACCAGCGAUGCCCAUCCUCAUUUUUUCUUUAGAAAGGAGGGGUAUGAUUCCCCUGGAAGUCAUAUUCACCAGUCCUUUGAUUAUAUUUGUCAAAAGCUGGAAAGUUUCCAAGCCAGCGAUGCAGAGGAGAGGGAUGGGUCAGCACCGGAGAAGCCCGUUCAAGGGCAGAGCGGCAUACCCACCUUCAUACCGCGUGGCCUAUUCCGAAGUCAGAACCGAGACGGCUGGCCCCUCAUGCUGAGAAUCCCUGAAAAGAAGAACCGCAUGUCGUCUCGCCAGUGGGGGCCCAUUUACCUUAAACUCUUACCUGGUGGCGUUUUACAGAUGUAUUACGAGAAAGGCUUGGAGAAACCCUUCAAGGAAUUUCAGCUGCAUCCGUACUGCAGGCUCUCUGAACCCAAGCUGGAGAACUGCAACGAGCCGGGGAAAAUCCACACGGUGAAGAUCCAGCACGUUUCCUACACGGAGAAGAGGAAGUGCCACCCCAAGGGCCACGAGGCAGAAACGGAGCAGAUGCUCAAGCUGGGAACCACAGACUACAGCGACUUCACAGAUUUACUCUCGUCCAUCGAGGAGGAGCUCAUGAGACUCCCGCUUCUCUCGCACCAGAAGAAGCACUACGAGGAGCAGGCACUGGGGCUGGAGAUUGUGGACAACUUCUGGGGAAGACUUGGCAAAGACGGAAAGGUGGUUGAAAAUGCAGUGGUAACCCAUGUAUACUGCCUGUCCUUUGUCAAUGGCGGAGCAGAGUGCUUUUUAACUUUAAAUGACCUCCAGCUGCACAGAGGGAACCCGAGCUAUGCUGAGGAGACGGGCGAAGGCUGGAUCGAGAUCUCCGAAUACUAUUUUCACAAAUGUGUCAAAGAAAACGAGUUUCAGAAGUCGAGACUCAUCAAAUUCAGCCCUCCCGACGCCUGCCGGGUGGAGCUGAUGCGCUUCAAGACACUUUCAGUCGAUGCCGAGCUGCCGUUCUCCGUCAAGGCGGUGCUUACUGUGCAGGGAGCUUAUGUGGAAUUACAGGCUUUCUUAAACAUGUCCCCUGCCUUCACACACUCACUGCGUCAGGACUCCGCGCAGGUCUGCCAGAAUGUUCUCGUUCAGGUCCCGCUUCCCGGCGACUGGAUCAAAGUCUCUCGCACUGUGAGCCUCCUCAGGCAGAAGUCGCUGAAGGCUAAAAUGAACAGAAACGCCUGCCUUGGAUCUGUCACCACAGCCGAUUCGGAGCCUGUGAUGCAGGUCACUGUUGGAUCGGUGAAGUACGAGAAUGCAUACGGAGCAAUAGUAUGGAGAAUCGACCGACUUCCUGCCAAGAACACAGCUUCAGAUCAUCCACUCUGCUUCUCUUGCAAACUCGAACUGGGGUCAGACCAAGAGAUUCCGUCUGACUGGCUGCCUUUCGUGACGAUGGAGUUUGACGUCGCUGACACGGCCGCUUCCGGGACCCAAGUGAAAUCCCUGGGCACUGAGAGCGAUAUCCAGCCUCAGAAACACAUCGUCACCAAGGCACACUAUCACUGUCAGCCUAAAUUGUAUAGGUCAAUAAUUGAGGAUGUCAUUGAAAGUGUACGUGAGAUCUUUGCUGACGAAGGCGUCGAGGAACAAGUACUGAAAGAUCUUCAGAAGAUGUGGGAGUCUAAGAUUAUGCAAUCAAAAGCAGUUGAAGGCUUUGUGAAAGAUACCUUGAAUCCCUCAAACUUUGUAUUGCAACUUCCAGCAAACUUCAGUCAAGCACUGCAAAAAACAGCCUCCAUAGUAAUACCUGCGGGUCAAAAUGUUCAAAAUUUUACAACCGAUAUGAACUCUACAGGGACAAGUGCAACUUUCACUCUUCCCCCUGGUGUUGGUUACCCUGUUCAAAUACCAGCUGGAGUGACCCUGCAAACAUCAUCUGGUCAUUUGUAUAAAGUCAAUGUUCCAGUAAUGGUGACUCGGGCACCAGGGGGUCAGAGAAUCCUUCAGCAACCAAUUCAGCAUUUAGCUGAGCAAAGAAACCAAGUAGUGGGACAAGCCAGCAUUGUUCAUCCCAACACCAUUCCAGUACAGGCCACUGUCAUUCAGGGAUUCCCUUCACAAAGAAAGGAAGUCUUCCAACAGUGUUCUGCACAACCACUCCUCCAACAGCAGCAGUUGGUCAUUGGGCAAGGUGUCCAGCCAAGACCAGCUGCUGUACAGCAACCUAUUGGCAUUCAGCAGCAAGUGCCAGUAAGCCAGGUGCUAAUGCAGCCAAAUGACUGUGAAAAUCACAAGAGUGUAGAAACCCCACAAUAUACCCAGCAGCAGGCUGGUGUGAUCCAGGGAUCUGACACUCCACCGCUCACUUCUGACCAGCUAAGCAGCUUGGAUGACAUUCCUGAUCUGCAGCAAUUUAUAACAAAUCAGAGUUCAGAUACUAUUGAAAUGAUACAUAAAGAUGGUGGUGGUCAGCGAGUUGGUGUUGAAACAUCUAGCAAAUCUGAGUACGGUGAUGCCAAGACAAGUACCCCAGAAUAUGAAGUGGAGUGUUCUUCACAGGUUAUGAUUCAAACAAAGGAUUUCAACUAUAAUGCCAUUGAAGAUAUACUACAACUCGAUGGUACUUAUGAUACGUCUUCCGAUGAGGAUGUAGGAAAUAUGAGAGAAGUGGGGGGAAAUGAAUUCGUGGGGGAAAAUGAAUUCAUGGGAGCUAUUGAUACAGAAGACCUAAAGGCAUUGGAAGAAGACAGAAGCAGCUCCACCGAGAAAUCCUCCAGUGAUGGUGAAGAUGACGAACCUCGUGUAGAAAUAAUCGAGGAAGAUCCUUUAAAUUCUGGAGAUGAUGUAAGUGAACAGGAUGUGCCAGACCUUUUUGAUACUGACAAUGUUAUUGUUUGCCAGUAUGAUAAGAUUCAUCGGAGCAAAAACAGAUGGAAGUUCUAUCUUAAAGAUGGUGUUAUGAGCUUUGGUGGAAAGGAUUAUGCCUUUUCAAAAGCCAUUGGUGAGGCAGAGUGGUAAAUAGUGGAAUAAAAUAGCCAACAAAUUAGAUUUUCGUAAACAAAUUUUGAUGGUAACCAAUGCAAUCUGUGUAGCAUUCAUCUCAUUUUGUCAAGAUGCCAUAUACAAGGCAGAUGUUUAAAAUAUGCAUUUACUUUAUGAAAUCAUAUUUAUUUUUUGUUUGAGAAACAAAUACAAUGGUAAAUUUAACUAAAGUUUUGUUUGGAAAUUACCCAAUUUGACUGAUCAUAUUUACAAUCUGUUGUAAUUGAAGUAAUAUUUAUUUGUAUACAGUUCCUGAAUUGUAACCAGGAACAGACAUGUACAAUGUGCUGUACAGUAAAUAUAUUUUUUUGUUGGGAAGACCACCAGUAUAAAUACCUUGGCCAAUUGUCAUAUAUGGAAUAUACCAAACCAUAUUCGUAUAUUGGUAUUUACUUAAAUAUUUGUGUUGCAACGUUAUCAAUUCAAAAUUGUAUUGUUCAAAACAAUAAACGGCACUUGAGACUCCUCGUUUUCUCCAAAAAAGCAUAUUUUAUCAUGUUCCAGAAAUUCUGCAUCCAACACAUGAAAAAGUUUCAGAA